CAACAAAUUUCUCCUAGCAUCGCAUGACUGCGGGUACCCAUGUCAAGUCCGCGCACUCAGCAGACCCGUCAUACUGACAGGUCCGACCGGCCCCCUAAACGACGUAAAGUAGCCAUUGCGUGUGACGAAUGCCGUGCUCGGAAGGUCCGGUGUGACGGGAGACAACCCGUCUGUGGGCCAUGCGCCAGGCGAGUGGACCAGACGACGCAAUGUGUUUAUACCGGGGAGCUCGAGAAGAAGCGAGCAGUGCGCAAUUAUAUUGCGAGCCUGGAGAGUCGGAUAAAGCAUCUAGAGAGCCCGACAAAAGAUCCAGACAGUCGGGAAACAGGAUAUUCACAACGCCAUGACAGACCAGGCGAUUUCCAAGUGAAUUGCGCCGUGUCACCUUCGAUCACCCCGGAGGCAAAUACCGGUUGUGCCCCCAGGCACACUACUUGGUCACCGCGACACUCACGAGAGCAGUCGUUGCGAAUGAAGGACCCAGCGGAUAGUGUUAAUGCGAUGAUGGGUGCUGUGGAAGACGAACGCCCAUCGCAGGGCUUUUUUGGAAGCUCCAGCGCUGCUAGCUUCAUACGUCAAAUCAAAACGGCCGUGGAUAAGAAGGUCCCUUCGCCCAAUCGCCACACUUCAGACUCUGUUCUGGGGCUUGCUCCGCCAUCCAGCCUCAUGUCCACAAGGAAACAACGACUGUCAACAGUCCCCAAUUAUGUUCUUCCCCCAAGAAAAACUGCCGACAGCCUGAUGAGAGUAUACUGGACGUUCGUUUUCCCACUCUAUCCCCUUCUGGAUGGUCUUCAAUUGAGAGCUGAGUAUGAAAGGAUCUGGACGGGGGAAGCCCUUCAGUCCGACGAAAAUAUGCUAAUGUGUACCUUCAAUGUCAUAUUUGCACUGGCCUGUCAACUGGCUGAUUUCAUUCCUCCCGAGGAGCGAGAGGCUUCCGCGGAUGCAUUCUUCGCUCGGGCAAAAGACCUUCUUCAGUUUGACUUAUGGAACACUGGUUCUGCCGCCCUUAUCCAAUGCUUACUUCUGAUGGCCCAGUACCUUCAAAGUACCGACUCGGCUCAUCAGUGCUGGAUUGUCACAGGACUGGCGAUCCGAAAUGCCCAGGGCCUUGGCUUACACCUCCCACAGACAAUUGCCUGUCUUCAGAAUCCACAAGAGCAGCAGCUGGCUCGCAAAAUCUGGCACGGAUGUGUCUUGAUGGACCGGGUCAUAUCUAUGACAUUUGGGCGUCCGGCCAUGAUCUCCAAGGCAUCAUGCGGAUCUGUUCCCUUACCAGCUAAUGUGGAUGAGGAGUAUAUACCCGCUGUGUCGGGGUCCGAGGUGACACAACCAGCUAACCGACCAUCGGUCAUGGCUUUCUAUGCAAAAUCUCUUGAGCUAUAUGAAAUUUUGAACGAUAUCCUUCUCAGCCUCUAUAGUCCCACAACAGACGAGAGUCCAGAAGACAUCUAUGAUUUUUACUUUGACAAAGAAGCAAACCAGGGAGAGCGAACAAUCUUUGAACUUGAUAGGGCUCUUACGAAGUGGUCUCGCAGUCUACCCUCGCACUUGCGAGGCGAGUCCUAUCCCGGAGGUGAGUAUACGGUGUUCUACCAUCAAAGUGUUGUAUUACGCGCCAGAUUUCUUCAUGUGCGCAUGCUUCUUUUCAGACCUAUCCUAUCUAGAUACUGUACCUCGCGCGAGAUCGGGAUCUCGGAUCCCCUGAUAUCCUUCCGUGAUUCUUUUCCCCAGCGGGUUGCGUUGCAGUGCUCUAUCAUUUGCGUCAAGGUUGCACAAGAAGUAAUUGGACUAAUUCAUGGUAACUUACCCGCUGAUGGGAGUUCGGGUCCCCUUCCUGCUUGGUGGUACAACAUUCUGUAUGUCUACACGGCUGCCACUGUUCUUAUAGCAGGCCGUCUCUGUCCUGCCAUUCUAGACGAGGUGACCGAAACGGCAAUCGCGCAAUCCUGGGAUAGUGCUUUGGAGGUGUUGCGCCGGUAUCAUAGCCACAGUACAUCAGCCCGGCGCUGUGUUGCAGCGCUUGAAAUUCUGUACGAAAGGGUCGUGUCGGAAGGGCCUUCCCCUAAUGAUCACCCAAUAAACACAUUCCACACUGGCAGUGCACCGCAUGGCCUCGGUGAUUUAUCCCUAGGGGAGGGCAUAAACUCCGUACUCCUAGACGGUCUAGACCCCCCUGACUUUCAAGAUAUGUCAUGGCUGAACAGCGUUCCAAGCAAUCUAUUCUGA